UUCCUACGAAAUCAAAUUGAUUAUAAGAAAAAGAAAAAGAAGCAAUCAUUAUAAUUAACUUUUCAUAAGUAAAAUGAUGAUGUAUCCUGCCAUGGUAAAGAAAAAUUUGUGAAACCAUGCGUGAAAAUUGUAAAAAUUAAAAAUGUCUCAUACGUACGAUACGGAAUUACUCGCUGAAGCAGCUGGUGUGAAAAUUGUUAAGACGUCUGUUACAUCGACCAAUAAAAUUAUCUUACAAUUUGACGAUACAAGCGAAUUAUCUACGAGGAACGAUAAAUCUUCAUGUGGAUUUCAUUUGACUAAAUCGAAAUGGGAUCCAUAUCCUUGGGUAGGAUCCGUCGAACAUGAAAGUAUUGCCGAUCGAGCAGGAUUAAGACCAGGCGAUUGUUUACUCGAUGUCGACGGUACGAAUGUAUUGGGUUUAAAAAUGAAGGAUGUUGGAGCUUUGAUAAAUAAUAGAGAAAAUAGAAAAAACGUGAACCUUCGUAUUUGGAGAUACGAAUCGAAUUCUUUAGAAGACGAAGAAACUGGUAUAGCUUUGAGAGGACCACUUCCAGAAGUAGCUACAAAACUUGCUAACGCGUUAUCAGGAACGAUACGAUGUUUAGAAUGUCCAGUUUGUUUAGAGAACGCAAUACCACCAGUUUCACAAUGCGUACAUGGUCAUAUACUUUGUGUCGAUUGUAGACCAAAAGCAACAAGAUGUCCUGUUUGUAGAGUACGACUUGGUCAAGGUCGUUGUCUCAUCGCCGAGAAAAUUCAAAAAGUAAUUCGUGAUAUUUUUCGUACGAAUCAUGAAAUUGAGAACGAUAAUAAAACGACAAACAGGAAUUUAAUAGAACGUUUAUUCGGUAAUCGUUACAAGCCGAACUUAACGAAAACAAAUCCGAAGAAUAUCAAUGUCCCUCCAAAGUCACGACGAUCGUUAUUAAAUAAAUUGUUUCUUGGUGGUUUAGAAAAGGCUGCUUCUACAGAAAAUCUAACAACAGUUUCAAAAGAACAUUGUGAAGGAAUAUCAAUAUUUAGAUCUAAGAAAGCCUAUUGUGAUAUUAAUUUAGAGAAACUGAAUUUAAACGAUCGACCAAAAUCAGCAAGUACCGGUGAACUUUCAAUAGAAAAAUUAAAUCGUCAAAUGAAUAUCAAUCAUUAUAAAUCUAAUCUAGAAUCUAUUAAUAUAACUCGAUCGAUGACACUAAACGUACCAUUAAAUGAAUCAACUUUGAAUGGAUCGACCGAUUCAAUUUAUAAUAUAUAUUUAAGUUGUCCAUUUUUUGAAAAGAAUAAAUGUGAAAGAAUUCUAACGUUAAACACAUUAUUCGAACAUUUACACAUAAAUCACAAUGGUUCUUUAAUACAUUAUAAUGGUGGAAGAAUUAAACUACCUAUUCCACUUCCUUUUGAAGCAAACACCAUUCAUUUAUUACAUUAUGCAGACGAUAUUUAUUUAUUUCAGAUAGAUAACGAUUCAUUAUGGAUGACGAGUAUAUUGGGAAAAAAUAAAAGUUUCGAAUGGAUUUUAUAUGGAUGGGGAAAUAAUGGAACAGAAAUAAGAUGUCGUAGAUUUAUAGCGAACCUUGAACAUCCUAUGAUACUUUCACCUGAAAAUGUUGCGCUAUUACCAAAAGCCCUUGGAAUACAUACGAUCGACAUCCAUAUUGGUGAUUUUGAAAUAAUAAACAAAUCGGAAAUAUGAUAUAAAAAUGAAUGGGAAUAAAUUUAAAAAAAGGUAAAGUAUUCAUAACUUCAGCUUCCUCUUUUUCUUUAUCUCUCUUUGGACAACUACAGACUCUAACCAAUAAUCUACGGCGCCCAAUAACCUUGUACAUAUGAUCUUCUAACGUAAAUACAAGCUCUGUAGGUCUACGAUUCAUGCCCGAUGUACAACUAUUUUUACAAAAGAAUUUAAAAUACAUUUGUACAUAUUGCGAACCGACUUGUGGCGUACGCAACGGUGUAACUAUAGAUAAAUGUUCGUUAUUUUCUUCGUACAUACUUAAUGGAUCUGUACAACGAACAACGUGCUUAAUUAUCCUGGGAUCUAUGUCUUGAUUGCUACGAUUUGAUUGUGCCAUAUGAUUAUGGCAUCUUUGUACUGGAUCAUUUCUGUAUUGAUCCAAACUAAAUACCAUGGAUGUGCGCAAAUAUAAGCCAUCCAAAGGUGGAUCCCAUUUGAAUCGUAAAGGCAGUGUUUGUUCCAUAUUGAUAAAUACUUUUUGAAGAUUUUGAGAGUACUGUACAAAAAAAAAAAAAAAAGAGAAAAUCAUGUAUAAGUACAGAUUUUAAAAUAUUUGACGCAAUUAUCAUAUUCAGAUGUGUUAUGUAUUUUUUACAUUCUAGAAAUUAUACUGCCUUUAAAUUAUAAUAAUUGCAUUUAUCUAUCCUAUCUUUGCUACACACAUCUUUUACAUAAACAAUCUCUUAUGCCCACAAAAGCUUAAAACAGACACAUAUGCUCUAUAAUUCUAUAGCUUCCAAACAAAAUAUCUUACUUUUGUCUUCUUCUCAGUGCUUUGUAAGUUUUGUAAUUGUAUAUCGAAGAUACUGUCUGUGCAAUAGUCAGACUAUUCCAUUUGAGCAUUAUGUAAGCUGCAAUAAAGACUUGAAAAAAAAAUCAUCAUUAUU